AUGAAAGUGUUAAACUUAAUAUUUUUCGCCUCGCUUGUGGGUUCUUCGUGGUGUGGCAUAAUUUUACAUAAUAUUCGAGAUGGACUUCACUCCAAACUUUAUGGUCAUGGUUUGCAUGGUGAGAAUUAUCAAAAUUCACCAAUUAUCAAUAUAAAUAAUCAACAGCAAGUGGUGCAACAGUCAGCUGUUGGUGUUCCACAUGUACCAUCGGGUCCUCGCGGAGAUUAUGGUUCAUUGCCAUCUACGCAUGAAAAUCAGUAUUUAUAUGGUACAAACUUUAAAGCUGGUAGUACAAAAUAUAGUCAUCAUGGCUAUAAUCCCCAAUCACAUUCGUAUGGCAGCCAUCAUAUGGGCGGUGGUGAUGGAGGUUUUCGUGGUGAAUCAGCUAGUGGCAUUUCAUCACAUCAAAUGAUGAAACAGGAAAGUUAUAAGCAUCGUGAGGGUCCAAAGUUCGGUUAUCAUCAUGAUACAAAUAUAUUUGGUAAUGCUCAAGGUUUCAACAGCAAUAAUGUACCCAUAUACUCUUCCUCAAGUUCAUCUGCAUCCUCAUCAAGUUCGUCAUCUCUAGGUGGAUCUUCAUCAUCUGCUAGUAGUAGUUCAAGUAGUACUAGUGCUGUAGGAAGUGGCGGCGUUUUUAGACCAUGGAGACGUCGUUCUUAG